GCGGUGUCACGGGGUGCUGGCAGCUCCGUCACGUGGCCCCGGUGGCCCCGGCGCCGCCGGGCCCGGCCCAGGAAGGGGAAGUUGGGGUUUGGGGCCUUUCGGGGACUCUGGGGGUGCCACCGCCCAGUGCCGCCAGCGAGUGCCACCGCCAUGUCCCUGCCCUCGGUGUACGGGGACAAACUGGCCGAGAAGCUGACGCUGCUCAACGAGCGGGGCCGGGGGGUCCUGGUGCGGGUCUACAACCUCAAAAAGACAUUCUCGGACCCCCGUACGCGGCCACCCUUCCUCGGGGACAAGGCCAUGGAGGCCUCGGCCAAGUUCAUCCAGAAGAAAUUCCCGCACCUGGACGUGCGGAGCUGCACCCAGCAGCUGGGCCCGGUGCACAGGGACAGAGGGGACAUCGUGCGCGUGCUGGCACCGUUCUACCAAACCUUCCUGGACGUGCUGGAGUUCCGGGACCACGUGUACGAGCUGCUCAACACCAUCGACGCCAGCCAGUGCUUCUUUGACAUCGUGAGUGCCACCCCCUGUCCCCACGUCCCCUCUGUCCCCGUGUCCCCUCUGUCCCCUCUGUCCCCUCUUGCCAGGGCCGGCCCCAGCGUGUCCCCAGCGUGUCCCCAGCAUGUCCCCGCCGUGUCCCCGCCGUGUCCCCGCAGCGAGCCCGGCUUCGCCCGCCUGGCGCAGAUGGUGCUGGAGUACGAGCAGCCCCUGAAGAAGCUGCCCGAGGAGUUCGGGCCCCACACCAAGGCCGUGAGCAGCGCGCUGCUGUCCCUGCGGGCCCCGUUCGCGCGGCGCUGCCGGGACGCGGAGCUGUGGCGGCAGGAGCAGCUGCUGAGCCUGCUAGGACCCACGGGUGACCUGCUGAGCCCGGCCACGAGUGACAGCAUGGCCUGUGAGUACCUGUCCCUGGAGGUGAUGGAGCGCUGGAUCAUCCGUGAGUGCCCGGUGCCCCUCGCCAGGUUCGGGAAACGCGUGGCCGACGUCAAGGAGUGCCGGGAGCACGCGGCGGCUCACAGGUCUGCAGGGGAUUUUGGGGGUCCCGGGGACCCCGCGACCCCCGAGACCCUCAGGGACCCCCGGGGACCCCCCGAGACCCUCAGGGACCCCAAGGGUCCCCCCAAACCCGCCGUGCCCCCCAGCCCGGCGCUGCACCGGGGCCAGCGCUCGUUCCUGCGCGGGGCCGUGCGGGAGCUCGCGGCGCUGCUGGAGGAUCAGCCCGGGCUGCUGGGACCCAAGGCCCUGCUGGUGUUCGUGGCGCUGUCGCUGUGUCGCGAUGAGCUGAGCUGGCUGUCGCGACAUGCCGAGCAUGUGACCAAGAGCAAGAGCCCCGAGGACUUCAGCGACAGCGAUGACCAGGAGCAGUUUGACUUCACCGCGCUGCGCCUGGACUGGCUCCGGCUCCAGGCCUACACCAGCGUGGCCAAGGCGCCGCUGCCGCUGGUGUCUCACGGGGACGUGGCGCGGGCCAUGGGCCUGGUGGUGUUCCACACGCGCCUGCUGGACCAGCCCGAGGAGCUGCUGGAGGAGACCUCGGACCUGUCCCAGCUCUGUUUCCACGCGCGCUCCCUGGAGCGGAUGUUCUCGGCGGCGCUGGACGAGCCGUCCAUGCUGCGCUUCGCCAUCGCCUUCCCGCUGCUCUGCGCCCACUUCUCGCGCUGCCCACACCCCAUGUGCCCCGAGGAGUACCCCCAGCUGGAGGCGGCGGCGCUGGGGCUCUGCCACAAGUUCCUGGAGGAGCUGGCACGGGUGGGCAGCGCCUGCGUCCUGGACGCCUGCGCCGAGCAGCACAACCUGAGCCAGCAGCUCCUGCCCAAGCACUGCGCGGCCACCAUCAGCAGAGCCCGCGUCAAGAAAACCCCGAAGCAGCCGCCCCGCAAGAGGGACCCCCAAAGGGACAAGCCGGGCACAGAGAGCCAGCGGCGGGACCGGACCCUGACCACCAACAUGGACAAGCUGCACCUGACCCUGUCCGAGCUGGCCCUGAGCUUCAACCACGUCCCCAACUUCACCGUGUUUGGGCACACGGUGACACCGGCCGAGUACCUGAGCAGCCACCUGGAGACACGCCUGACCAGGGCCAUUGUGGCCAUGGCUGGCUACAGCCAGGCCACGCAGGAGGUGGCCCGGCCCUCGGAGGUGCUGGCCGGGCUGGUGGCCUACAUGGGGCAGGUGCAGCGGCUGGGCCAGCUGGUGGCCCUGGACACGGGGCGGCUGCUGCGCGCCGUGCUGCUGCAGCAGAGCCAGCCCCGCGACGCCGGCGGGCAGCCCACGCUGGCUGCCAUCUACACCGACUGGUACCUGGAGGCCCUGCUGCGCCAGGCCAGCACCGGCGCCGUGCUGCUGUCCCCAGCCCUGCAGGCCUUCACCACCGUGCCCCGCGAGGAGCAGCCCCCGUUCAGCGCCGCCGAGUUCUCCGACGUCUCAGAGCUGCGGGCGCUGGCCGAGCUGAUCGGGCCCUACGGGAUGCGGUUCCUGAGCGAGAACCUGAUGUGGCACGUGGGGUCCCAGGUCACUGAGCUGAAGAAGCUGGUGGCUGAGAACAUGGACACGCUGGUGCAGCUGCGCUGCUGCAGGGCCGAGCAGAGGCCGGCGCUGCUGCCCCGCCUGAGCUCGGCUGAGAACGUGCUGAAGCGCAUGACCAUCAUCGGGGAGAUCCUGAGCUUCCGCGCCAUGGCCCAGCAGGGCCUCCGGGAGGUGUUCUCCCAGCACUGCCCCUUCCUGACGGGCCCCAUCGAGUGCCUGGCGGAGCUGGUGACCCCCGACACCGACAUCCAGGUCACCCUGAGCAUCUUCGAGCUGGCCUCGGCCGCGGGGGUCCCGUGCGAGGUGGACCCGGCGCUGGUGGCCGCCCUGGCCAGCGGCAGGACAGAGGGCUCGUCCCCCGAGGAGGAGUACAAGGUGUCCUGCCUGCUGCUGGUGUUCGUGGCCGUGUCCCUGCCGCUGCUGGCCGCGGACCCCGCGUCGCUCUACAGCCCCGAGCUGGACG